UAUUGUCACGUCAGUUAUAAAGAUAAAAGAUAAGAUUUCACAAUACACGUCAACCCUAGCAAAAACAUUCAAGAUAUAUGAUGAAUUAUUUGGUUAUUGCCACGUCAGCUAUAAAGAUAAAAGAUAAGAUUUCACAAUACACGUCAGCCCUAGCAAAAACAUAUGUAGGGUUUGACGUGUACCUAUAAAUAAGGAAGAUUAAAGCAGAAAGAGUAAAAAAACUCCCCUAGAGACUCACGCCGCUUCGAAGAGUCCAACAUUUCAAGAGAUCUCUAAGAUUCGGCAACCCAAACACCGGUAGAACUUAAGCAACACAAAAUAUUUUUUCUUAUCAAUUUGUAAAAUUGUCUCGAUCUAAAACAGUUUACCCAUACACCAUCAAACCCCAAUUCUUUUCUUUCAACGUCAUAACCUGCAGCGCCGACAUAUCCUCCGACCAAAAUCUACCAUUAUAAAUCAAACUCAUUGAGCUUUUUCUCAACUCUUUAAGGUUUGAAAGGAAGUAAAGUUGAACUCUCGUGCACAGGGCCAAAGCACAACUAUUUGGAGCGUUAAAACAACCAUAGUAGCAAAAUGGGUGAUUGGUCUAACUUACCGAAGGAGCUCCUUGGCUUAAUCGCUGUCCGAUUGUUUUCCAUUGUCGAAUUCAACCGUUUCCGUAGCAUCUGCAAAUCUUGGCGCUCAUCUGCUUCCCGCGCCAACAAGAACCUUUUCUUAAGCUGCCCUCUCAUCUACUUCAUGCCCCUCGAAGUCCAUGUCACCUUCCAAGGAAAUAUUAUUCCGGCCCUCAAGUAUGGCCCGUUCCUCUCGCGAGCCGCCUUCUUUCGCGUCACUCUCUCCUCCUCUCCGGACCAAGGGUGGUUGAUCAAAUCAGACACCGAUCUCAACUCCGGGAAAUUCCAUCUCCUCAACUCUCUCUCGCGCCUCGCACUACGACAUUCGUGCAAGCGCAUUGAUCUGUCAGAAUUCAUAGUCUCCGAGAUUCAAGAAGCUUAUGCGGUUUUAGAGGGCCACAUGAGAAAAACAGCUCGCGCGGUUUUAGAGGGCCACAUGAGAAAAACAGCUCGCGGAUUCAAAAGAGUGUUUCUUUUCAAAGUCCCAGGAGGAGAUCAUCGUGUGCUAGUGAUCGGCAUCGACGGGUUGAUCAGGUACUGGAAAGAAGAAAGAUGGAUGAGAGUCAAAGGACAAGUAGCUCAAUUCUCUGACAUUGUACUUGAAAAAGGUCUUACUUACGCCUUGGAUACAAAAGGGAUUGUUUGGUGGAUUAGUUCCUCUUACGACAUCUCCAGGUUCGGACCUUCACUAUAUGGAAACAUCACUAACGGAUCUUGCGGAGAAAAAAGGUAUGUAAGAUGUCGUGGAGUGCUUUACAUUGUAGAUCGUCUCAUUGACGAGAAUCUCCUAAAGAGAAAAGCUGAUUCCUUGGCUGAUGAUGCCAAUGCUCAUUUCUUGGAUGCUGAUCCCGGUCAUUACUUUUUCCGAGUGCUACACGACGAUGUUGGGAAUGUAAACUGUGAGUUAUUUGAACGUGAGUGUCCCAAAACGAUAGGUUUCAAGGUUUACGAGAUGGAUUAUGAAUUGGUGAAAUGGGUAGAAGUCAAGUCCUUGGGAGAUAAUGCGUUUCUGAUGGCUACCGAUACUUGUUUCUCGGUUUUGGCUCGUGAGUUCUAUGGAUGCCUGCCAAAUUCUAUUUACUUCACCGACAAGGAAAACGAGAUUAAGGUGUUCAAGCUAGAUGAUGGUAGUAUCACAACAAUGUCGGAAUCUGAGCAGAGUUGUUUCCAAAUGUUUGUUCCUAGCUUUCUCUAAAUCUUGUUUAGAUCAAAGCUAAAUUUUUAUGUAUUAAGAGUACCGAUCAUCUGAAUAAAAACUUUACCUUUCAUCUUCA